AUGGGCCAGGCUGGCAAAGAAGAGAUUGAAGAAGCCACUGAGACGACCAAGAGGGACCGGUCCCACUUGGAGAGCACCCUUAAGCUGAAUGAAGACAAACCUGCUGAUGAUUUCUCAGGAGUAUUGCAGCGGCUGAGGAAGAUCUACCACUCCUCCAUCAAGCCCCUGGAGCAGUCCUACAGAUACAAUGAGCUGAGGCAGCAUGAGAUCACAGCCUACCCUGGACGUACCCUGGGCUCCUCUGCCACAGAUGGGGAGAUCACUUCCAAGCCAAUGGUGCUAUUCCUGGGACCGUGGAGCGUGGGCAAAUCCUCCAUGAUAAACUACCUCCUAGGGCUGGACGACACUCCCUACCAGCUCUACACAGGGGCAGAACCCACCACCUCUGAAUUCACUGUCAUCAUGCAUGGCCCGAAGCUGAGGACCAUUGAAGGCAUCGUGAUGGCUGCUGACAGCGCACGCUCCUUCUCGCCCCUGGAAAAGUUUGGGCAGAAUUUCUUGGAGAAGCUGAUAGGGAUAGAGGUGCCUCACAAACUCCUGGAGCGAGUCACCUUCGUGGACACACCAGGCAUCAUUGAGAACCGCAAGCAGCAAGAACGAGGUUACCCGUUCAAUGAUGUAUGCCAGUGGUUCAUCGACAGAGCUGACCUUAUCUUCGUCGUCUUUGACCCUACGAAGCUGGAUGUGGGCUUGGAGCUGGAGAUGCUGUUUCGCCAGCUGAAGGGCCGCGAGUCUCAGAUCAGAAUCAUUUUGAACAAAGCUGACAGCCUGGCCACCCAGGAGCUCAUGAGAGUCUAUGGUGCCUUGUUUUGGAGCUUGGCUCCUCUGAUCAAUGUCACGGAGCCACCCAGAGUGUACGUUAGUUCCUUCUGGCCCCAUGAGUAUCAGCCAGAAACCCACCAAGAUCUGUUCCUUAAAGAAGAGAUAUCCCUCCUGGAAGAUCUCAACCAGGUGAUUGAGAACAGGAUGGAGAAUAAGAUUGCCUUCAUACGCCAACAUGCCAUCCGGGUGCGCAUCCACGCCCUUUUGGUUGAUCGCUAUCUACAAACCUACAAGGACAAAAUGACCUUCUUUAGUGAUGGAGAACUGGUGUUCAGAGACAUUGUGGAAGAUCCUGACAAGUUCUUUAUCUUUAAGACCAUUCUGGCAAAGACCAAUGUCAGCAAAUUUGACCUCCCCAACCGUGAGGCUUACAAGGACUUCUUUGGCAUCAAUCCCAUCACUAGUUUUAAGCUGCUGUCUCAGCAGUGUUCCUACAUGGGAGGGUGUUUCCUAGAGAAGAUUGAAAAGGCCAUCACCCGUGAGCUUCCUGACCUGUUGGGAAGCCUCGGCUUGGGGAAGAAGCCCAGCAUUCUCUCCUGCGACGUUACUGGCUGUGGCGAAACCCCAAAGAAUCGCUACAGGAAACCGUAACGUGGUCUGUAAUAUAACCAUCCAUGUGUUCCUACUGGUGAAUGAGCUUAUGUCUUAUCUGUCCGAGAAGCCAUGGUUUAUUAACCCUUUGAGAGCCACACUGGCAAAGGCUACUGUACAAUGAGGACUUUGAGUCAUUGACAUCAAUGGCAGGGGAAGUUGGGUGGGCAUAAGAAAGAGAAUAAAAACUGUGAAUUCCUG